CUCAAUACAUAGAAUUGAUUGGCCGAUAUAAAUGACAAAUUCUGAGCCGUUGUUUAGUUGGAAACCAAAAAAAAGAAAGUGUCAAAAAGCCAAGAAUACAAAGCAAAACAGAAAUUUGCACGGCCUAUUUGGCUGAUGGGAUGCUUAUUUGAAGGAAAAUAUAUAGCAUGGGUUUGCUUAUAGACAUUUCCACACAAAUAACCAUUUGAUUACUGUUUAAUCAUUAGUAAUUGCCAAUUGUGGGUCAAGCUUUUUCACUUGAAGAAAAUUCUGAUGGCAGGGAGCAAUAAGUCUUCAAUCCAAAUGGAGAACUACAAGUAAAUGAUGAAAUGAAGUUGGUCUGGCAGCAAAUGAAACUAUGAAAGGGUUAUUAAAUAUUUGAAAUUGACAGUUUGUGAAUAUUAAGAAAACUGUGGGAAUUCUGCUGGCAUUCCCUGGUAUACAACAUAGGAGAGAGUGAGGGAAAGAGAUUCUGUCUUCAGAGCUACUUUUAAUGGUGAUUGAAUUGUCUAUAUUCAUUUCACUUUGAGCUGCCAAUUAUUAUUUCUUAAUGUUGAUUUCACGGGGAAAGUCAAGAUGCAAAUCAGAAUCAUUUGGCCUACCUCACUGAAAUCACCUUUGGCCCCAAAAGGUCACGGGCACUUGAAGUUCCGAGAUGAAUGUUAGUUCUAUUUCUAAUAGAAACCUCAUAAUGCGGAUUGUGGUAAUUGGCAGCUUUUGAUGAAAUUUACUGCCAAUCACAUCAAGGAAAGAUUAUAAGUAACUGUCAAAGUACUAUUUAUUUACUUCUUCAUCUUAUAACAAUCAUUAAUCAAAUGGCAAAGUGAUAUAAAUAUAUGUUCCCGGCUGGUAUAAGAUAUGCAAAAGCAAUUCACUUUUUCACCAGGCCAAACAACCAUAGUCCUUAUCUGUCUUUAAUAGCCAUAUCUGCAAUUAAGUUCUUUUAUUGUUUACAAAAAGACCAAUGGUUAUGAUCAAAACCAUAGUUGCAGUAUUCUUUCUGUUUCACUUUAGAUUUGGGGUUAGAGGUUGCAGCCUCUCUUAUCAUUUCUAUGAGAAAUCGUGCCCGCAAGUUGAGGACAUUGUGAAAAAUGGCCUUCAGGCCAUAUUUCUGAUCGAUCCCACUUCACCGGCUGCUUUGUUAAGGCUUAUGUUCCAUGACUGCCAAGUUCAGGGUUGUGAUGCUUCCAUUCUAGUUGACCCAGGAGAAGGAAGUGUUCCAACAGAGAUGGCCUCGACUAAGAAUUUUGGAAUUAGAAAGAGGAAGUUAAUAAGCAUCGUAAAAUCAAUGGUAGAAGCGCAAUGCCCCCAACAAGUUUCUUGUGCUGACAUUCUCAUAUUGGCUGCUCGAGAGGCAGUGGCUCUGACUGGAGGUCCAAGGAUAAAUAUUCCCUUGGGACGAAGGGAUUCUCCUCAGACUCCUAGCUAUGAACUUGCAGAUGCAUUGCUCCCUCCUGCAACUGCUGGAGUUGCUGACAUGCUUAAUAUUUUCGCCAAGAAAGGAAUGACUCCUGCAGAAUCUGUUGCCAUUUUGGGUGCCCACACGCUAGGGAUUACGCAUUGUUCAAACAUUCAGAACCGUCUAUACAGUCCUAACAAUGGUGAGCUUAGAGUAAUGGAACCUGAUUUUGCAGCAUUUUUGAGGUUAACAUGUCCCCGGGGACCUUUAACCUCAAACUUAAGCUUUGUUCUCAACGAUCCUACCUCAUUUGCGUUUGACAACGAAUACUAUGUUAAUGCAAUGCGAGGCAGGGGAGUACUGAAAAUUGAUGCUGAAAUGGCAUUAGACCCGCAAACAGCUCAUUUUAUGCAACAUUUCUCUGUUAAUCAGGAUGAUUUCUUCCAGGCAUUCUCUUCUGCCUUUGUGAAGCUAUCUUGUUCCGGGGUCCUAACUGGGAAACAAGGUGUCAUUAGAAAGAAUUGUAAUGCAAUAAAUUGAUCAGAUCGAAUUGCUGGUUCCGGAUAGUACGGAACCUACUAUCAUUAUCUGUUCUAAGUUCUACCUUGAUUAUUGAUAAUAAUUAAGCUUGUUGACAAUGGUUUUCCUCUUUCUACUUGGCCAAUUAUCAAUAAGACUGACAAGUGACGACAUUUUCACGCUUUUUCAGGGUUCUUGAGAGCCCAAACAUAAUCCAAGCUCGACAAAGGUCCAUUUGACUAAGCCUUUUUAAUUGAUUUUUCUCUUCCAAACCAACAAUUCUGAUAAGGCAAUGAAGAAAUAAA